UUACGUCUUCACUCACUUUGACCUGCUCUUGCCCGCAUACACGUCGACAGGAGACCGGCUUGGCUCUUUAGCUUUACCACAUGGAGGCCGAAUACUGACAACAACGUGAAUGGUAGUAUCUAGAAAGGGUAUGUCCCUUCAGGAGAGAGGUGCCAAUGUCCAACCGGCCUAAUUCCAAUCCAGGGGGGUCACUGCGCCGUUCACAGAGGAACACAGCCGCGGCCCAGCCACUAGACCAUACACUCACAGGAAGGUUGCAGCCAGAGCAAGUAAAUCAAAAAGCAAAUUCCCCACCUGAAAAUAGAAGAUCUAAUUCUAAGGCUUCCAAAGCCCCACCCAGCUCAGCCGUCGGCUCCGCCCGCGGCCACGCCUCUCGAAGAAACAUUCUCUCUCUAUCCGUGGGUUCACACUCGAUUCCAGAUCCAGACUUAGAAGCAGCAGGGACUUCAGGCCAGCUGGGGAGACGGGAAGGUAGCAGCACCCGCGCUCUCAAACGCAGCUCCGCAUUAGACCUCUGUUCACCCAGCCCGGUCAAACGGCCCAAAGCCUUGUCAAGCAGCCACCCAUCUGAGAGUGCAGCUAGUGGGCCGACGGCCUUCACAGCCUUCCCUGAACCUACAGUGCCCAGAAAGUUUCCAGUAACUGUCAGCACCAAGUCCAAAAAGAGACGGUUAGCAGCCGAGCUGACUCCCGCUUCAUCCAGCAGAACCGUGAGCAAGAAAAACGCAUCCUACCCUGGCCCUAGUGGGGCCCCGAGCACCCCCUCUCAAAAACGCAAGAAGGCAGACGCCUCUUCAUUGUCGUCGUCGUCCUCUUCCUCCCUCCCUAGUUCAAGCAGUGCGGCAGGCCCUCUGCCACCCCGCAACGAGGCCAGCCGGGCAGCCAAACCCACCAAGCUGGCGUCCAAAUCGGCCGCCUCAGCCAAAGCUGGGUGUAGCACCGUGACUGACUCAUCCUCCUCCUCAGCCUCUUCAUCGUCUUCCUCUUCCUCCUCGGCCGCCGCUGGCACCAACAACUGUGCCCCUCAGGGCGCCCGGCUAAAGCAGGGCAAGGACCAGAGCAAAGCACGACGUUCACGCUCAGCAUCCUCCCCUUCCCCCCGCAGAAGCAGCCGAGAUAAAGAGCAGAGCAAGGCUGCCGGCUCCAAGUUUGACUGGACGUCCCGCUUCAACCCCAAAGUCAACCUGCCAAAGCCCAAACUGUCUCUGCCAGGAUCGGCCAAGGCUGAGACCUCCUCCAAGCCUGGGCCCUCUGGACUGCAGGCCAAACUAGCAAGUUUGAGGAAGUCAACUAAGAAGCGUAGUGAGUCUCCCCCAGCAGAGCUCCCCAGCUUUCGGAGGAGCACACGUCAGAAGACCACGGGCUCUUGCGCUAGCACCAGUCGGCGAGGCUCAGGCCUGGGCAAGCGCGGAGCAGCCGAAGCUCGCCGACAGGACAAAAUGGCUGACUCCGACAACAACCUGGACGGGGCCAAUUCAUCGGCUGCGCGCACCGAGGAGACGCCACAAGGGGCGUCAGCAUCUAGCUCAGUGGCUGGAGCUGUUGGCAUGACCACUUCUGGAGAGAGUGAAUCAGAUGACUCUGAAAUGGGAAGACUGCAAGCUCUGCUCGAGGCCAGGGGACUUCCUCCUCACCUGUUUGGCCCCUUUGGACCCCGUAUGUCUCAGCUGUUUCACAGGACCAUAGGCAGUGGAGCAAGCUCAAAGGCGCAGCAGCUGCUGCAGGGGCUGCAAGCCACAGGUGAUGAGUCCCAGCAGCUUCAGGCUGCUAUAGAGAUGUGCCAGCUGCUAGUGAUGGGUAACGAGGAGACACUGGGAGGAUUCCCCGUCAAGACCGUCGUACCGGCCCUGAUCACACUGUUACAGAUGGAGCAUAAUUUUGAUAUUAUGAAUCAUGCGUCUCGCGCCCUCACCUACAUGAUGGAGGCUCUGCCGCGCUCCUCGGCUGUGGUGGUGGAUGCCAUCCCUGUCUUCCUGGAAAAGCUUCAGGUAAUACAGUUUAUAGAUGUGGCAGAACAGGCCUUGACCGCCCUGGAGAUGUUAUCACGGAGGCACAGCAAAGCUAUUUUACAGGCUGGAGGUCUAGCCGACUGUUUGCUGUACUUGGAGUUCUUCAGCAUUAACGCUCAGAGGAAUGCAUUAGCCAUCGCUGCUAACUGCUGUCAGAGCAUCACGCCGGAUGAGUUUCAUUUUGUCGCUGACUCUCUGCCCCUGCUCACUCAGAGACUCACACACCAGGACAAGAAAUCUGUUGAAAGCACUUGUCUGUGUUUUGCCAGGCUGGUAGAUAACUUUCAGCACGAGGAGAACCUGUUACAGCAGGUGGCGUCGCGGGAUCUGCUGACCAACAUCCAGCAGCUGCUGGUGCUCACGCCACCUGUUCUCAGCUCCGGCAUGUUUAUCAUGGUGGUGCGCAUGUUCUCUCUCAUGUGCUCCAACUGCCCCUGCCUGGCAGUGCAGCUUAUGAAACAGAAUAUAGCAGAGACUCUGCGUUUCUUGCUGUGUGGAGCAUCUAAUGGAAGCUGUCAAGAGCAGAUAGACCUGGUGCCCAGAAGUCCUCAGGAGCUUUAUGAACUCACCUCACUCAUCUGCGAGCUUAUGCCAUGUCUGCCCAGAGAGGGCAUCUUUGCGGUGGAUGUCAUGCUGAAGAAGGGCAGUGCCCAUACUACAGAGGGUGCAAUCUGGCAGUGGAGAGAUGACAGAGGCCUGUGGCACCCAUACAACCGUAUAGACAGCCGCAUCAUUGAAACUGCUCACCAGAACGGAGAAGAUGAAAUCAGUCUGUCUACCCUUGGUCGGGUCUACACCAUCGACUUCAACUCUAUGCAGCAGAUAAAUGAAGACACUGGCACUGCCCGUGCUAUCCAGAGAAAACCCAACCUUCUGUCCAACCCCAACACUGGAGGGCACUUGGAGUUGCGGCGAGAGGAUGCUCGUGCUCAGCUGAUGAAGGACGACCCUGAGCUGGCCAAGUGCUUCAUAAAGACUCUGUUUGGGGUUCUGUAUGAGGUGUACAGCUCCUCGGCCGGGCCUGCUGUCAGACACAAGUGCCUUAGAGCCAUCCUCCGAAUCAUCUACUUCGCAGAUGCAGAUCUGCUUAAAGAUGUGCUACGCAACCAUGAUGUAUCUAGUCACAUAGCUUCCAUGCUGUCCAGUCAGGACCUAAAGAUUGUAGUGGGCUCUCUGCAGAUGGCAGAGAUCCUCAUGCAGAAGCUACCAGAUGUGUUCAGUGUUUAUUUCAGGCGAGAAGGUGUGAUGCAUCAGGUAAAAAAUCUGGCAGAAUCAGAGGCGUUCCUCACCAGCCCUCCAAAAGCGUGCGCGAGUGGCACGGCUAGUCUUUGCAUCACCACAGCAUCCACUACAGCUGCUUCUAAUGUCACAGCCGAUCUUGGUUCCCCCAGCUUCCAGCACAGCAUGGACGACUCACUGGACCUCAGUCCACAGGGAAGGUUGAGUGAUGUCCUGAAAAGAAAACGCCUCCCUAAAAGAGGACCAAGACGUCCCAAGUACUCCCCACCCAGAGAUGAUGAUAAAGUGGAUAAUCAAGCAAAAAGUCCAACCACCACACAAUCCCCCAAGUCCUCAUUCCUGGCCAGUUUAAAUCCCAAGACAUGGGGUAAGCUGGGGACCCAAACCAACAGUUCUAACUCGGAGCCCUCGCGCACUGCAGGUGUCAGCGGUCUGGCACGCGUACAACCCAAGGACUCUGUGCCCAAUAACAGGGAUAAGAUAAAAGCUUGGAUAAAGGAGCAAGCCAGUAAGUUUGUGGAACGCUACUUCAAUUCUGAGAGUUUGGAUGGAAGCAAUCCUGCACUGAACGUCCUCCAAAGACUCUGCAUUGCCACGGAACAGCUCAACUUGCAGGUGGACAGUGGUGUGGAGUGUCUGGAGGAGAUCAGCAGUAUUGUAUCUGAAUCAGAUGUGUCGUCAUUUGAGAUCCAACACAGCGGACUCGUCAAGCAGUUGUUAUUGUAUCUGUCAUCAAACAGUGAGCGAGACACUAUCAACAGAGAUGAGAGAAUUAAGAGGUUCCUGCACGUGUUCUUUGGCUGCCCGAUACCAGGGCAGGAACCUCUAAGUCGUUUGGACCCAACAGAGAAUAGACCACUGCUGUCACUAGUGCACAAGAUGAAUAACUGCUUAAGUCAGAUGGAACAGUUCCCUGUUAAAGUGCAUGACUUUCCCAGUGGCAACGGUAAUGGCAGCAGGGGUUCACAAGCACUCAAGUUCUUUAACACACAUCAGCUGAAGUGUCAGUUGCAAAGACACCCAGACUGCACCAAUGUGAAGCAGUGGAAGGGAGGACCGGUCAAAAUUGACCCCUUGGCCUUGGUUCAGGCAAUAGAGAGAUACCUGGUUGUUAGAGGAUAUGGAAGGAUCAGAGAGGAGGAUGAAGACAGUGAUGAUGAUGGUUCAGACGAUGAAAUCGAUGAAUCUCUGGCGGCCCAGUUCUUGAAUUCUGGGAGUGUACGACACAGGCUACAGUUCUACAUAGGCGAGCAUCUGCUGCCGUACAACAUGACUGUGUAUCAGGCCGUCAGGCAGUUCAGCUUACAGGCAGAGGAAGAGAGAGAGAGCACAGAUGAUGAAGCUAACCCUUUGGGACGUGCAGGCAUCUGGACCAAAACACACACUAUAUGGUAUAAGCCGGUCAAAGAGGAUGAAGAGGGCUGUAAAGAUACUGUGGGAGGGAAGAGAGGACGUGCACAGACUGCUCCCACUAAAACCUCCCCGCGAAAUGCUAAGAAACAGGACGAACUCUGGCAUGAGGGUGUGUGUCCCUGUGUGACAAACCCAUUAGAGUCAUACCUCAUCUGUGAGCCUCCAGAUGGCAUCACUUUUGAUGAUCCUUCUAUAGAGGUCAUUCUGCUGCUGCGAGUCCUGCACGCCAUCAGUAGAUACUGGUUCUACCUGUACGAGAAUGCUGCAUAUAAGGAGAUCAUUCCCAACAGUGAGUUUAUUAACAGUAAGCUGACAGCAAAGGCUAACAGGCAGUUGCAGGAUCCGCUGGUCAUCAUGACUGGAAACAUCCCCACCUGGCUGACUGAACUCAGCAAGACCUGUCCGUUCUUCUUCCCGUUUGACACACGGCAGAUGCUCUUCUACGUGACUGCUUUUGACCGUGAUCGUGCCAUGCAGCGUCUGCUAGACACCAACCCUGAAAUUAACCAGUCUGACUCACAAGACAGCCGUGUCGCACCACGCCUGGACAGGAAAAAGAGAACAAUAAAUCGCGAUGAGCUCCUCAAGCAAGCGGAGUCAGUAAUGCAGGACCUGGGGAGUUCCAGAGCCAUGCUGGAGAUACAGUAUGAGAAUGAGGUGGGAACAGGUCUCGGCCCUACGCAAGAGUUUUAUGCUCUGGUUUCUCAGGAGCUACAGAGGGCUGACUUGGGUCUUUGGAGAGGAGAGGAAGUUGCUCUGUCCAACCCUAAAGGCAGUCAGGAGGGUACCAAGUAUAUGUUCAGUUCCAGGGGUUUGUUUGCAGUACCUUUUGGACGCACAACCAAGCCAGCUCACAUUGCCAAGAUCAAAAUGAAGUUCCGUUUUCUUGGCAAGCUCAUGGCUAAAGCAAUCAUGGACUUCAGAUUGUUGGACUUGCCUCUAGGUUUACCUUUCUAUAAGUGGAUGCUGAGGCAUGAGACGUCCAUCAGCUCUCAUGACCUGGUCAACAUUGAUCCAGGUGUCGCCAAAUCCAUUCAGCACCUUGAAGACAUCAUCCGCCAGAAGAAGAGAAUAGAGGAGGACAGAUCGCAUACGCGAGAGACCCUGCAGCAGGCCUUGGAGAGUCUCAACAUGAACGGCUGCUCAGUGGAAGAUCUGGGGCUAGACUUUACUCUGCCUGGAUUCCCCAACAUCGAGUUGAAGAAAGGUGGUAAAGAUGUGCCGGUCACCAUUCACAACCUGGAGGAUUACCUCAGAUUGGUGGUGUACUGGACGCUCAAUGAGGGGGUGUCCCGGCAGUUUGAGUCGUUUAGGGAAGGAUUUGAGUCUGUCUUCCCUCUGCAUCACCUGCAGUACUUCUAUCCUGAAGAGUUGGAUCAGUUGUUAUGUGGCAGUAAGUCAGAGUCCUGGGAUGUGAAGACAUUGAUAGAGUGUUGCAGACCUGAUCACGGCUACACACAUGACAGUCGUGCAGUACGGUUCCUGUUUGAGGUGCUGAGCUGUUUUGAUGCGGAGCAGCAAAGACUCUUCCUCCAGUUUGUCACUGGAAGCCCCAGACUUCCUGUUGGAGGAUUCAGGAGUUUAAACCCUCCUCUCACCAUCGUUCGGAAGACAUUCGAGUCGACGGAGAACCCGGACGACUUCCUUCCAUCGGUGAUGACAUGUGUGAAUUACCUGAAGCUGCCGGAUUACUCCAGCAUUGAGACCAUGCGCGAGAAACUGUUGAUUGCUGCGCGCGAGGGCCAGCAGUCUUUCCAUCUGUCUUGAUCUCACCUGCACUCUCUCACUCAACAAAUGGCCUUCAAUCAGCUCACCACAGAACCACACGAAUCCCGACUUCUUCCUUUCGAGUUUCUUUUCAUCUUUCAUUUUGCCCCUUUUUCUUUCUUUUUUUCAAACACCAACAUUGAGAUGAAAUAUGUACAGCCUACUUGUUUAAAGAAAAGCAGCUUGCAGAAACUAAACCAUAGAACAUAAGAGACUUGCUUUUGACUGAAAGGGUGUUAUGAGACUCAUCAGAUUUAAAAAAGAAAAAACCUGUUUUUUUUUUAAGAAACAUAAAAACACUUGAGAGCAGAUUAUAAAAAUAUAUCAGUAGUUGAGAGAUGUUCAAGUUGAAAAAAAGGGGUGGGUGGGAACUUGGGUGACAUUUUAAAACGUGCAUUGCUGUCUGAUGUAUCAAGAAAAAAAAGGAUGUUUAUUUUCUCUCCUGGUGAAUGACAUCUUCACUGUGUUCCUGUUGGGGAAAGGGCAUCCGUCAAGCAGGCAAGGGUUCCUAUAGCUCCAAAGAUCAUUUGUACAGACAAACAUUUGCAGAUUUUGCUUAAUCGACACAUUUGAUAGAAUAGCCGUGUGCUCUCCUGGUUGGUUUCCCCUUUGAUCUGUGUUCUACCCCUCUAGUAUUGUUGCAUUUUGGUUCCACGUCAUUUAAUCUCUCUCACUCUCUCUCUUUCUCUCCUCUCGUGUGUCAAUAUUUUUUUUAUAUAUAAUUUUUGAACAUGUAAGAGAGUUCCAGUUGGUUGAAUGCGGGUAGUGUUGGAAUUGUAGUAUCUUUAUUAUAAUAUUAUUAUAAUUAAUAUUAUUGGGUUUUUGUUUUCUUUCUCUUUUUUUUAACCCAAGUUAAAAUGGUGUAAUUUCUGGCCGACAUUUCAUUGCGAGUGUCUGCUCCGUGUUGAAAAGAUGCAUCCAUUGCAUUGGAUAAAAUAAGACUCCUAUAUGGUUAUAGUAGUGUGCCUCUGCUGGACUCUUGGGGACUUGAGGUCUUAUUGACGAGCCUGCUGAAGCUGUUUGGCUGGUGAAGUCGGGCUUUUAUCCCAUUAAGUAGCUGAGCACAAGGAAUUCAUUUAAAAGAAUUUGCUGGUCUUAUUUUAUGGUUUCAUGACCAGAUUGCAUUUCAAAAGAAAGAAAAAACAUGGUUCCUUAAAUCAGAUAAAGUUUAUAUGCAGUUUUCACACCCGGUUUGAGGUGGGAUUGUCUGCUUAUUUUUUGUUUUAUUUUCUAUUGUUUCUGUUUUUCCUCUUGUAGUUUAUUUUUGCACUGCUGGCUUGGAACAAACCGUGGUGUGCACUGCAGUCUGUGACCAGGAGGAGGCGCCACCGUGUGCUCUCCUGUCCUUAUUGUUCAUGUGCUGGUUUCUAAGAUCUGCAAUAAUUUACUGCAUCAGGUUCAUGUUUUUACCUGAACAUAAAUAAAGUAAUUGUUUGACUCAG